AUGGAGGUUUCCACCUUACCCUGCUUGCUACUUGUGUCUGUUGCACUGGCACUCUGUUGUGCAGCUGCAGCACGGCCUGACAGUACAACAGCAAGCCUUGAUGCAGCCACAAUGGCCGCGCAAGAGCUUGACCGUGUCGCGUCACUGCCGGGGGCGCCGAGCUACUCAUAUGCGUUCAAACACUACUCCGGGUACGUCACGACCGACGAGCACCUCGGCAAGGCACUGUUCUACUGGUUCUUCGAGGCUACGGAGAAACCUGAUGAUAAGCCACUUGUCCUAUGGUUAAAUGGAGGACCUGGCUGUUCUUCUGUAGGGUUUGGGCAGGCGCAGGAGCUCGGGCCAUUUCUUGUGAAGAAAGAAGUGCCUGAGCUUGAGCUCAACCCGUAUGCCUGGAACCAAGCUGCCAACUUGCUGUUCCUGGACUCUCCAGCGGGUGUUGGAUUUUCAUACACGAACACGUCUUUCGAAAUAGAUCCACCGGGAGACAAUUCCACAGCACACGGUUCAUAUGCUUUCCUCGUCAGGUGGUUUCAGAGGUUCCCCCAGCACAAAAUGAAAGAGUUCUACAUAGCUGGAGAGAGCUACGCAGGACACUACAUUCCGCAGUUAGCGAAUGCCAUCGUGGAGGAGAACAAGAAGGCCUCCAAAGAAAACUACAUAAACCUCAAAGGCAUCCUGAUCGGGAACGCGUACAUGGACGGGGACACAGACUUGCAGGGGAUCGUGGACUCGGCGUGGCACCACGCCAUCAUCUCCGACACGCUCUACAGCGCCUUCCUCAAGUCGUGCGACUUCAGCAUGGAGAUCCUGUCUCCGGAGUGCGACGCGGCACUGAGCGAGUUCUUUCUUCUCUACAAACUCAUAGACGUCUACAGCCUCUACACCCCCUACUGCGACCUCGGGUACCCGGCUUUGAACGCCUCAUCCUCGGCGAACAUCGGAGUCGGACAGACCAACGGCCGUUUUGAUCUCCUCAAGAUGCCAAUGGGCUUCGAUCCAUGCACGCAGACGUACGCCACGGAGUAUCUGAACCGUGAGGACGUGCAGAGGGCUCUGCAUGCCAACACCACGGGAAUGCCGUAUCCCUACGUUCUCUGCCGCAAUAGCAUCAACGCUGUGUGGAAGGAUUCCGACAUGACGGUCGUCCCCAUCGUCAAGAAGCUCGCGGAGGAAGGGCUUCGCAUAUGGAUUUUCAGCGGCGACACGGAUGCAAGGAUCCCUACGACGUCGACGAGGUACACGCUGAAGAAGCUCGGCCUGCCCAUCAAGGAGGACUGGUCGCCAUGGUUCAGUCACAAGCAGGUUGGUGGAUGGAGUGUGGUGUACGAUGGCCUGACAUUUGUCACGGUGAGAGGAGCCGGGCACAUGGUGCCAACGUCGCUGCCCGAGCAGGCGCUGGAGCUCUUCAAGCACUUCCUCGCCAACCACAACCUCCCCUCCAAGCCCUUCUAGAGAGAAAAAAAAACGUCACAAUUCGCACGUUUCCCCAAUAAGAUCAAGGGGGUCUCCAUUCAUGGAUCAACCCGUCUCCUUUGCUCUUCUACGUCACCUGUAGUUCCUGAUCAACCUGGUCUUGGAUGGAUUUCAUUGCAAAACACUACUUGUAGAACUUGUGGAUUUUGUUGCCGAGAUCAGUUGUCUAAAUACGAUUUCUACGUCAUAUACCUAAAUAGACUACAAAAUAUCUCUUUUGCUAUUUUUCAGUCGCCUGAAAAUUUAUUUGGAAAACGUUUGAAAUCUUUUUUUUGCGGGUAAAAACGUUUGAAAUCACCCAGAUGAUUUCUGGAACAUCGUUUUAGUGGGGACCAUGCACUGCUUCCUUCCGAGCCACUCGUUUCCUGCCUUAUCUCUUGAGGACGAUCGUCCCCUAGCUCUCUCAUUCUUUCCGUCUCUCUGCCCAGA